AUGUCUUUCUACCCAGAAGGCUGGACGCAUGAGCGGCUCCUCAACGCCAGCGGAGAAGACCUUUUGGCUCUCUCAGAAACCCAGCGUACUACUCUUUUCGACGGUCUGAAAGCCGCUCACGGCGAGGAUGGCUUCCGUGAAAUCAUGCAGGAGAUGAGUCGCCGCUAUCGAGCCCGAGUCGAGGCCGCCAAGUCAGAGGAAACCAGGCAACAAGAGCGGGAGCUUCUCGCACCUUUUGUUCAGACUCUAAGCUCAGUCUUCCAAAACGCAGAGACUGAGAACUGGGGGAAAUGGGGAUUUGUGGUGUUUCGCACGACUCCCUAUCGGGGUGAGCAUGAGGCGCAGUGGGCGGAAUUUCGAAGACGGUGGGAUGCGAUUAUCGAGGAGGGUUUGGCCCCGCAUCGUGGCUCGUUGCCGAAGGUAGACCGGGCGAUUGAUUUACUCGAGUUUCAGUGGGUGGAACAGCCUGAAUUAGAGGGCGUAGAUGCUGCGCAUGUGGCCAGACGCUUUAAUGAAAUGGCCUUGCCGCAGGGACUCGCCACUUCUGCUUGUCUGAUGGUAACACCAGCGUCCAUGGAGUCUGUUCUCUCCUGUGCACUUCCAUCUUCUGCGCCGCGCCGUGAGCGCCAAAGAAUUCCCUUUGUUGUUUCGGUAUCCAAGGGAGCGGGUGCCCCGCAUCUUUCACCCUUGCCAGGCUCAGGUGAUGAGGAUGCGGCCGGCGCUGAAUUUAAUGGGUAUUUUAAUGUGGCCGUGGAGACUAUCUUGGAAGAAUUUUACCCAAUUGUCGCGCUCCAGAUGAUGGAUCUGCAUACACUGACGACGAAAUUCCGCCAUUAUAAGGAUAUCUGGUGUUCAAGUGAUCGGUGGGGGGUUCAAUAUUACGAGGAAUCGUAA